AUGCCGCCCAAGCCCAAAUCGCAAGCGAAAGCAGCCGCCUCGCAUUCCGACGGAGCGCUGUCUGCUUCGCCGCACUCGGCGGCCUCGCCGCGUCAAGCAGCUCCGCGAGAAAGCGCGGCGCUCGCAUCCCUCCCGCACAUCGAAGUCAAGCCUCAAAAAGCCUGUGUGCUUUGUCGCCGCUCCAAAGUCAAAUGCAUCCACGACGGAGCCCCGCCCUGCAAGCGCUGCAAAGACACCAACCAAGAAAGCCAGUGCAAGUUCCGUCUGCGAGCGGACGACGAGUCGUGGCGCGAGAGGACUGAUGAUGUCCUGUCGAGGCUCGGAGAGAGCGUCGAAUGGCUCGUACAACAGCAGCAGAGGCAACAGCAGCAGCAGCAGCAGCAGCAACACGUAAGCCACGAUGACCACCGUCGAUCCGAUGCGAUUGGCUCCAGCAGCUCACCAAUGUCCGCACCUUCCCCUCGGAAGGCACAGGCACACGCUGCUCUGUAUCGACCGCCUCCGCCCUCGAUGCGAGCCGCAAACGCUGCUCAGGGUCGAGCGACUGCGGACACGCCGGGCCCAUCCGACCCAUUGCUGCAUCACAAUCCCACUGGCUUUCACAAUCGGCCCUCAUCCACAACUUAUCUUGGUUUCGACGGUGCGGCUGGCCUGUUGAGCCCAGGUGACUCGCAUCCGCGCAGCAUUUCAUCCCCUUCGUCUUCCAGCUUUGGAUCGACGAACCGAGCCUACCGCUCCCCGCCUGCCAGUGCACAGUCGUUCCGACCGCUUCGCAAUCCAUACCCUCCAUCGCCUCCGCUGCCUGCCUCGACCCAUGGCUCCUUGCCAUUCUACCCGGGAAGCACGUCAAUACACUCAUCAGCUGCGGGCCGCUUUGGGCCGGAUCCAUCCAGUUCAGCUCGAUCAAAGUACCCCUCGAACGUGCGGCAAGCGCACCACGCGCCGACGCUCGAGCCUGGUCAGACCCGCCCUUCCUCGUUGAUCUAUGCUGCUCACUCGUAUGAACACGCCGCCGAGUCGAGGCAGCAUUCCGCUUCGGACCAUCAAUCAGCAUUCGACUCGCCUUACGCUGCGCCCACGAAUCGUAUCGGGCGGAACGAUCCUCGACUCACGGUCAUAUCCAUGGGCCUCGUGUCGAUGGACCACGCGCGUCACCUCUUCAAGUUCUUUGCAAGGUACUUGCAGCCUCACUGCUUUGGAUUCCCCGCCUACCCGGCCAACGAACACAUGACGCCGCUCAUCAUCGCGUGCAUCCUCAUGGUCUCUGCGAUGCACGAGCCCAACUCCCGCAAGCUUUUCGAGCGCCUCCGACACGAGGCCUUCUCCUCGCCUCUCUUGCUCGACCAGCCCAUCGAUCGCUCGGCUCCCCUCGAUCCAGAGCUCGGGAUUGGCGUCGAGGAGAUCACGGGCGCGUGCAUUGCGGCAUGCUGGCUCGGUGGUCAAACCGCACUGUCCGUAGCGCGCUUGGCACGCUACUGGGCUAUCGGCUAUCUCGAGCACUUUGAAGUACGCUCUGCACAGACGCUUGGCGAGUGGAUGACGAUUCUGCCGCCUUUCCGCCAGAUCGAUCUCGUUGGCAAGUUGCGAAUCUGGCUCAUGUCGUACAUCACUGAAGCACAACAGGCUGUCAUCAAUGACACGCCGAGCUUGUUCCCCGUGAGCGACCCUGCGCAUUACUGCCAAGGCCUCCUCAAUGCCAGCAGCCACAGCGUGGAAAUCGCCGAGUCGCUUGCCAAGAACGAAGGCUCUGCUGAACCCAAUCAGCCGCUCAAGGGUGGUACCGGCACGCCCAACUCGAACCACUCUUACUCUGCUGCUGCCCCUGCGGCGUACAAUGACGGCGCGGGAGGGAUGAGCUCGCUGGCGUCCGACCGUCAGCUGGUGGCGCAUGCCCGCAUGAUGUCGAUCCUGCUCGCAGCUCAAGAUCUGCACCGCUCGGCGCGCUCUGCUGCGGCCUCGACCAAUGACACUUCACGGGGGUCGAACCGGCCCACAUCGCGGCCAGACGCCACGCCGAAUGAUGCAUCACAGAUGGUCGAGCGAUGGCGGGAAUGGCUCGAGGAGCUGAAUCGGUGGCGAUUGCUCACCUCGCAGCAUUCCGAUCUGUCGGACAGUUCGCUCGAAUCGGUCGACCUCUCGCUUCUCUACCACCUCUCGCGCACGUUUUUGGCAUCCCAUCCGCUUGAUCCCGACGUGGGCAUCCUGGACGAGACACAGCACGCGCUCAAGGCCGCCUCCAACUCGAAUCCGCCCAACUUUUCGCGGCUCGCUGUCGCCCAGCUGCGCACCAUCUCGACCGCAAAGCAUUCGGCUCUCUUUGCGCUCAAGCUCGCCACCACCGAGUUUGGCGAAAAGCUGUCGUAUCUUCCGCAGUUCUACCACUGGCUGCUGGGCCAUGCGGCUGGCCUGCUCCUCAUGCUCGUGCAGCGUCGGGAGACUUUUCUCAUGGCCAAGGAGGCCGAUUCGCUGCUGGAAGUCACCGAAAAGUUUGUCCAGCUCUACGUCUUUCGCAUCACCAGCCACUCGUUCCAUUCCGCGGUAGGCGACAACGGAGUCGAGCCGAGCUUGCACAGAGGCGGCAUCAAGCGAUCCGCCUCGGGUGCCGACUUGCGCGGAGACGAGCAGCACGACUCGACUCGACCCCGACUCAACAAUACCGGAAACGACGCAGGCUCUGCGCAAGACGGCGCUAGCGAUCCGUUGAAUUUUCAGUGGCCCUUUAUGUCGGGCUUUCCGACCUCCGCUUCCGCUGCUUCGGCUGCGACCGGGUCCAUACCCACGGCUUCACCCAACCCCAUCCUGCAGCAGCAAUUUACCCAUGGGAAUCCCGCCGAAAAGCACCCGGCACUCGCGAACGCGCAGGCCCUGGCGCGCGCGCUCUACCUCGUCAAGAUGCAGGUCCAAUCUCUCAGCGUGCGGAUCUGA